AUGUCCAAUACACGAAGAUACAACCAAAAGGUCUCGAUUGACCGUAAAACAGGCAGACUGCGUUACGGCCGAACGAAGGCUUCUGAGGCUGCCGAGCGUGCCCUAAGGGGCAGAUUACCUUCGAUUCUGGCGGUUGAAACUCCCAUCGUGGCCUCGGUAGUGGAGUCCGACAAUGUUCAUGGCUCAGAACACGAACGGAGAGAUAGGACAGGGGCCGAGAAGGGCACGGAUGCCGAGGCUGCCGGGCCUGCCGGGCCUGCCGGCCGUGCCGGUGCGGCCGAAGCCGCCACCGCUGCCGGACAUGCCGGUCAUCGGCAGCCCUACGACUACGAGCGGGAUGAGCCCACAUGGGGAGUCGACCCCGGCCAGCCCGAGCACUUUGAGAUACCACAGGCUAAACAAAGGGGUCCGAGCGGGCCCGAACAUGUUCGUGAAUUUGUUCAAAACAUCCCCCAGUGGGCCUGGAUCCUCAUUCUGCGUCAAAGUCGUCCUAAGGACGGCCUUUGUCAACGAUGUAAGGGACCUUCUCGAGGAGCGGCUGACUGGCGGAACCAGGCGGGCUUUUUGCCCCACAUAUCCCCUCGCGUCCCGGCCGGACUACGAUCUAGACGACGGGAUAAAGGGAAAGGGCCGGCACGGCCGGCAUCGGGAGCGGUCCCUUCGGGAGGUUCGGGAAUCGUAGCGCCCGACAUUCUCUCCGUUGGAGGUCGUCCAUCCCCUCAAGAUGGAAUGGAUCAGGACGUUAUGGGUGAGGCCGAAGGGUGGGCGGCGGCAGAAGCCCAGCCAUUGGGUCCCCUGUGCCAUCCCGACGAGAGUGCAUUUGAACCAGAACUCAACGUACUGUAUGGGGCUUACGAUGCGUAUCAAGAGAUAGAGAAUCUCGAGCCGGAGGAGGAGGAGGGAGGGACAGAUGAUACUCAGCAUGCACCCUCUGGAGCGGGAGAGGAUAGCGAGACUGCCGGGGCUGCCGGGGCUGCCGAGGGCGCCGACACCAGCACAGCACCUGCCGGACCGGCCGACAAUACCGCCGAGAACGCCGAACCGGCCGGGGCCGCCGGGCUGGGCGAAGAGCGGCCGACGCCGCGUAGUUCGGCUGCCAUUCCUCGAUACGAUCUCCACGGCUUUGCAGUGUUAGCCCUCGUGCACGACAACGGGGUUCAUGGACUGGGAGUCAACUUUUGCAAAUGCGAGGGGCAUCUUCCCGAGCAUGAGCAGCUCCUGAUGGCUGGCUUGUUCCCUGCCAGUACCAAGGAUCCGGCGACAGCCUAUGAUGUCGGAAGCUUGGAAAAGGCCCUCAUAGAGGAAGUUGAGUGUCAUACGCCCGUUGAGUCGUAUUGGAAAAAGAUUUGCCGGUAUACGGUUCCUGAAGAUCCUGCUGCCACUGUGAACAAAUAUGCGAUUACCACCCGCGUUCAUAGGGAGUUUAGAGCUCUGAGAGAGUAUACAGAGUUUGGAUUUGCCCAUCAAGACCCCACCCAGCGCCGGGCACCGCAGGCCGGAGAGAUGGCCUAUCGCUGCAUUGCGUGCCCCUACAUUUGGAAUGUCCCUCGAAACUUCGAAUCUUUGCCACAGCAUCAAAAGGACAGGUACUUCAAUGCAUGGACCAUAGACGGUAACAUGAAGGCUGAACACACGACACCCCGUCGUCCGGGAAAUAAUGUGCAAAUCUUUCCGGGCACAGGGUUUCUAGCAGACCCAGACGACUUUGCCAGAUGCACGAAGGUCGCCAAGACUGACCGUGAUCUUCCUUCCACAGUGACGCAGGAUCACGACCUAUGUCACCAACAUACUGCCGCAGGUGCCGGGUCGGCCAAAGCCGAUCCUUCUAAAGACAUCCGCGGCAUCCUUUCUAUCUGUUGUGCCCGGCAUGGCGGCAUGCUGCCGGGCGGGACCGUGGACAUCUACUUUGUAGAGAAUCAAGCCCAGGCCGACUACGCGUUGAACAACUCUAUGAAGCUGAAUCUGGACCCACGAAUUUCCACACGCCUCAUCAUUGGCUACGAUAUCUGGUGUCAAUACGGGGUUCAUCUACUGGAGCGCUUCCGCCGUUUCGGUCACCUCUCAUUCCCGGAGUUUCUGACAGAACUUACCGGCAUUGUGGGUGCCUGGCACAUUUUCGCGCAUGUUAGAGAGUGCUUCGGCCGGUUCUCCGGUCUGUAUGUCUGGGGCAUCGGCUUCAUCGACAUGGAGAUUCUCGAGACAUUAUGGUCCAUUCUCAACAUGAUUACCCAGUCGUGUCGGAAUAUGUCCCGUGCCAACAGGGAGGAGACCAUCAACUUCAACAUGAACGACAUGAACCUCAAGAAAAUUCGUAACAUGACCUCCACGAUCAUUCGCAAGUACAAGAAGAAGGUGGCCAUUCGCACGCGUCGUAUGGCGCUCCUCGAGACCAUGGACGGUCUCUGCUCUAGUAUUAGCCGUGCGCGCUGGGAGCAUCAACUCCAGGUGGUGUACCGUGAGCGCACUGUGCACUUGCGGAACCCGGCAAGUUACAAUGCGAAGUUUAUGGACGACUUCCUGAACAGCUCUUUUAUAACGCCCGAUAAGCACGCGGUUGAGACAGAAUUGAUAGAACGCGAGAAGGAGGAAUCGGACGAGCCCGGCCUGGUCAAGCUCAUCAUGAACGGCCUACAAAUCGAGAUUGAGCAGCUUAGCUGGCAGGCAUUCGAAAAGAACUACUCUCCGCUCUCGGAAUCCAAUCAACGGAAGCUGAGUGCGGCAAGGGCUUCGCUCAAAGCCAGGGUGAAGAAACACAACACGCUUGCCGUUGAGCUUCUAGGUCGCCUCCCGGAUGGUGAUCCUUUAUUUGGCACUGGGGUCAGGUUGGGUGCUCUCAAUGAUGACGAGGACACAGAACCAGGGGAAUGGCGCCGAGCCCGGCAGCCGGACGCCCGGCAGCCGGGUACUCGGCACUCAAAUCUUCGGCAGCCGGAGUACAGUCCCGUGGACCUUCCUUCCUCACGAGGCCUUCCUCUGGACACAGCCGUGAUGGCACGGGCCGGUGCCUACGAAAUAGCUCUACGAGUGGCAUGGAUGGCGCACCUUUUACACGAGAUCUGCAUGAGCCUUGUCGUGCAAAUGGAGAUCUUUCGUCGCACUAUCAAACGAACACCAGGAUCUCGUCCAAUGACGCAACGCGACAAAGCCCAAAGCUCCUCCAAUAUGCGCGAGCAGUAUCAGUCUGUCCGUGUAUACGCUCAGCAGUAUAAUGUCUUCCGCGAGCGGAUGCGAGGGCUGCAACCUGCCGAAGGCUUCAAGAAUGCACAUGCCGAGUAUGCCGAGGCUGCCGAUCGCGACCGGGGUCGGUACAGACUUUUGCAGGCCAAGGACAUACGCUGCGAUGUCAACGCCUACGACUUGCUGAACUCACACACGUUCAAGCUUCCUUGGUUUUGGAAGCUUACCGCCCGUCGCGAAGAUAUUUCUGACGAAAUGUUCGUGCAAGAGUUCUUCCGUAUGCGAUGGAUCAACGCUCGCGCUGGCGUGGAUCGUAGUGAUGAGGAGAUUGGCGUUUUGCAUGCCGAAAUGGGGAUGGUUCAUAUGGGUUACGGCCAUAUGGCCGAGGAGUGGGGUGAACGUGCACUUUUGAUGGAUGAGCUGGGGCAUGAUACUCAUGCCGCAACGGCAUGGGAGAGGGAGGAUAUUUGGCUGGAGUUCGCUGCGCGUGCUAAAGAACAGUUCAAUCUUAUUGUUCCAGGCGUAAUACAGUGA